AUGACAGCAGCAACUGGGGUAUCACCUGCUUCAGCUGCACCAACUUCUGCAACUCAGCAAGGAACUGCUGGAACGACACUCGUACCUGGUUCUAUACCUACACAAGGGGCUCAAACGACAGUGUCGGGAGGGGCAGCACCUGCUUCAGCUGCACCAGUUUCUGCAAAUCAACAACUGCUCAAACGACAAUGGUCCAGGAGGGGCAGGCCUGCUUCAGCUGCACCAGUUUCUGCAACACAACAAGUAACUACUGGAACAACAUUCGCUCCCGGAUCUGCAGCUUCACAGACGGCGGCUGCAACAGCAGUAGAAACUGGGGUAUCACCUGCUUCAGCUGCACCAACUUCUGCAACUCAGCAAGGAACUGCUGGAACGACACUCUUACCUGGUUCUACAACCGACAAAAGGCUCCCAAACGACAUGUCAGGAGUUGCAGCACUACCUACAGCUAACACAACUACACAGACGCCGGCUGCAACGCAAGUAGCAACUGGGGUAACACCUUCUUCAGCUGCACCAGCUUCUGCAACUCAACAAGGAACUCCUGGAACGACACUCCCAUACCUGUUCUAUACCUACACAAGCGACUCAUACACAGUGUCGGAAGGGGCAGCACCUGCUUCAAGCUGCACCAGUUUUUCUGCAACUCCAACAAGAAACUGCUGGGACAACAAUCGCCCCCGGUUCUGCAGCACACAGACGGCGGCUGCAAUGACAGCAGCAACUGGGUUACUGCUGGAACUAUCAUUCGCACCCGGUCCUGCAGGUACACAGACGGCGACUGCAACGGCAGUAGCAACUGGGGUAUCACCUUCUUCAGCUGCACCAACUUCUGCAACUCAGCAAGGAACUGCUGGAACGACACUCAUACCUGGUUCUAUACCUACACAAGCGGCUCAAACGACAGUGUCAGGAGGGGCGGCACCUGCUUCAGCUGCACCAGUUUCUGCAACUCAACAAGUAACUGCUGGAACAACAUUCGCACCCGGUUCUGCAGCUACACAGACGGCGGCUGCAACGGCAGUAGCAACUGGGGUAUCACCUGCUUCAGCUGCACCAACUUCUGCAACUCAGCAAGGAACUGCUGGACGACACUACGCUCAAAACGACCAUGGUCAGGAGGAAGCGCCUGCUUCAGCUGCACCAGGUUCUGCAACUCAAACAAGUAACUGCUGGAACAUCAUUCCCAAAACCCGUUCUGCAGCUACCACAACGGCGCCUGCCAACGGCAUAGCGACAGGUUUAUCACCUGCUGUCAGGUUCACCAACUUUCUGGCAACUCAGCUAAGAACUGCUGGAACGACACUCGUACCUGGUUCUAUACCUACACAAGCGGCUCAAACGACAGUGUCAGGAGGGGCAGCGCCUGCUUCAGCUGCACCAGUUUCUGCAACUCAACAAGUAACUGCUGGAACAACAUUCGCACCCGGUUCUGCAGCUACACAGACGGCGGCUGCAACGGCAGUAGCAACUGGGGUAUCACCUGCUUCAGCUGCACCAACUUCUGCAACUCAGCAAGGAACUGCUGGAACGACACUCGUACCUGUUCUAUACCUACAUACAAGCGGCUCAAACGACAUUGUCAGGAGGGCGCACCCUGCUUCAACUGCACCAGGUUUCUCAACUCUAACAAGUAACAGUGGAACAACAUUCGCACUCAGGUCAGCAGCUACACUGGACGCCGGCUCCACGCCGGUAGCAACUGUGUACACCUUCUUCAGCUGCCCAGCUUCUGCCAACUCAAUCAAGGAACUGCUGGGAACGACACUCAAACAUGGUUCUAUACCUAACACAAUCGGGCUUCAAACGACAGUGUCCAAGCAGGGGGCGGCACCUGCUUUCAGCUGCACCAGUUUCUGCAACUCAACAAGUAACUGCUGGGGACAAUAA